AUGACACAACCAAAAGGGGAAUGGCCAACAGAUAUGGUUACUACGAUUAUAGAUAUUAAUCAGAAACAAGCUCUGGUGAGAACAGAGGAUGAUGAGAGGGUAAAUUUUUCAUUCAAAGAGAUAAUUGAUAGAGUGGACAAAUUACCUCUAAACUAUAAUGAAAUCCCAGAAUUCCAAGAGAACAUGUUCCAUCUGAUAACACACGAUAAUGUAAAGAUUGGUUUUGUUUGUCGGUUUGUUCUAGAACAAAUGACUAAGUAUUGUGAAGAUCUUGUAUCGAUUGCAUUUGACGUGAAUUUUAGCAAGCAUUCAAUCAGAUUUAAAUCGGACAACUUCGAUACAAGGAAUCAACUAAUAGAUCAAAUAUCUCUUCAGCUUCGAGAACAUUCAGAUAUUCAGGAUUUGAAAGGUUGGAGAAAUGAAAAAUAUGCUGUGUGGUCCUUGGAAAAGAAGCCUUAUGUUCUAGUAGAGAGAGCAAUGGCUGGCCCUAUGGGUAUUCUGACAUAUGGUGUCCAUAUUAAUGGGUAUUUCUUUGAUUCUAAGACUAAAGAAAUCCGAUUCUGGAUUCCAAGAAGGUCUGCUACUAAACCUACUUGGCCAUAUAUGUUAGAUAACAUGGUUGCUGGUGGAAUUGGUUUCCCUUAUGGGAUCCACGAGACUGUCAUUAAAGAAUCCCUGGAGGAAGCAAACUUACCAAAAGAUAUUAUAGAUGCUUCGAUCUCUAACGCAGGGGUUGUUUCUUACUUAUUUUAUCAAGGUAAUCCUAAACUUGAUAAAUUCAAUACCCAAAACAGUUACAUUGUAGGGGAAAUUGAAUAUGUUUAUGACAUGAAAUUGGAUGAAGAAAUUAUCCCCAGACCUAAUGACGGAGAAGUGGACAGUUUUAAUGUAAUGUCCUUACAGGAAGUUAUCACAGCUCUUCAAAAUGCAGAAUUUAAACCGAACUGUGCGUUAGUUAUGGUAGAUUUCUUAAUAAGACAUGGCUAUAUUACCACAGAAAAUGAACCAAACUAUUUGGAAAUACUUAAUAGGACUCAUAGAACUUUACCAUUCCCAACUAGAAAUUGA